GCUGCUGCUGCACUCUGGGAAGUGUAGUCUCACACAACUAGGCCCUCAGAUUCAGCUCAACGCUGACCUCUGCCUCGUCAUGACCAUCAUGAACAGUGGAGACCUCAGGUGUUCUAUAUGAAUACAGCUCUAUACACACCCACACUGACCUCAUCACUGCACCUCUAAAGCACCGACGUCUGUGAUGUCAUCUCUACUCAUCAGCCUGAAGGAGAUACACUCUGUAUGUACUUGUUGAUUUUCCUCUAACACAACAUCCUCUCUUCCAGGUUUCAUAUGUACAACGUGGAUGAAAAUAAUCCUGGCUUUGAUGAGAAGAGAACAUGUUUCUACACAGCUCAGAUCAUCUGUGGGCUGGAGCACCUCCACCAGCACAGGAUCGUCAACACAGACCUGAAGCCAGAGAACGUGCUGAUGGAUGACGCCGGACACGUCCGCCUGUCAGAUUUGGGUCUGGCUGUUGAACUUCCACCCGGAACAGACACAACUACUGGAUAUGCAGGAACUCCAGGCUUCAUGGCUCCUGAGCUGCUGGAAAAGAAGCAGUAUGACUCGUCGGUGGACUACUUUACGCUGGGAGUCACCGUUUUUGAGAUGAUUGCCGCCAAAGGGCCCUUCAGGAUACGAGGAGAGAAGGUUGAGAACGACGAGGUCGCUCGCAGAAUCUUGAACGAUCCGGUUUCAUACACCGACUUCAGCGCGGCAUCCAAGGAUCUUUGUGAAGGCCUGAUGCAAAAGGACCCAUCGAAACGCCUCGGGUUCAAAAAUAUCGAGUGCGAAGAGCUCAAGAAUCAGCCAUUCUUUAAAGAGAUUAACUGGGGUCGCCUGGAAGCGGGUAUGCUGCCGCCACCAUUUGUCCCCGACCCUAGGAUGGUCUACGCCAAAGACACCGAUGACGUGGGCGCCUUCAGCUCCAUCAAAGGUCUGGUCCUGGAUAGCAAGGACACGGAGUUCUACAACGACUUCUCUUCCGGGAACGUCCCGAUCCCUUGGCAGGACGAGAUGAUCGAAACAGGCGUGUUUGGAGAGCUAAACAUCUGGGGAGAGAACGGCAAGCUGCCCAAUGACCUCGAUCCAAACUAUGUGGAGGCCAAAGGUGGAGGACGUGUGCUCCUUUGAGCAGAAACAGGUGGAAAGAAUGUCUUAAAUUAAACACAUGUGGGCACAUUGUGUGCUCAUUCGGUGCCACUUAAUCAUA